AAAAAGAAAAAAAAGAAAAAAGGGAGCGUUCAACUUCAUAGUAUAACCAACUCAGCAUACACUCAUCCAUUCUAAGCAAAAGUGCAUUUUUGAUUCUUUGGGAGGAAAAAUGCUUUGUACAUUUGGAUUUUUGUAUAGUGUGAAAGCUUUUCCAGAAUUAUAUGUAACAUUGCAAAACAAUAGUCUUCGUCAAAUGGCAAUUAUUAUAGAUAGAUUCUGCUACUUAAAUAGUCUUCAUCUACUUCUCCCUUGUAUAAAUACCCCAUUCCUCCAACCCCUUGUGUAUGAUUUCUUGACUCUCUGUUGUUUCUUGAUGCGUUUGAAUGAGAUUUAUUUCACUGAAAUGGUCGACUUUUUGCUGAUACUUUUGUUUCUUUGAUGCCAAUACCAUUUAUUUGAUAAAACCCCUUGAAUUUCAGAUUUUUUAGUUUCUGGAUUGGUUUAGAAUGGAGCCACUUGAUAGGAAUCGAAGAAAGGGAGAGGGUUUAAAUUUGAGAGAUAAAAUUGGAAUGGAUCCAUUAAGUAGGAAUCAAGGAAAUGGGGAGGGUUUUAAUUUGAAUGAGGAGAUAGGGAUGGAGCCUUCUAGAAGGAAUCAAAGAAAUGGGGAGGUUUUGAAUUUCGGUGAGGGGAUUGGGAUGGAGCUACAGAGUAGGAAUCAUAGAAAUGGGGAGGUUUUGGAUUUGAGUAAUCAAAGAAAUGGGGAGAGUUUGAAUUUGAGCGAGGGGAUUGGGAUGGAUCCAGGGAGUAGGAAUUUGAGUGAGGGGACUGGGAUGGAGCCAUGGAAUAUGAAUCAAACAAAUGGGGAGGGUUUGACGUUGAUCGAGGGGAUUCAAAUGGAGCCAUGGAAUAUGAAUCAAAGAAAUGGGGCAGGUUUGAAUUUGAGUGAGGGGAUUGGGAUGGAGCCAUGGUGUAGGAAUCAAAGAAAUGGGGAGGGUUUGAAUUUGAAUGAGGAGAUUGUGAUGGAGCCACGAAAUAUGUGUCAAAGAAAUGGGGAGGAUUUGAAUUUGAGUAAUGGGAUUGGGAUGGAGCCACGGGGUAUGAAUCAAAGAAAUGGUGAGGGUUUGAAUUUGAGCGAGGGGGUUGGGAUAGAGCCGUGGAGUAUGAAUCAAAGAAAGGGGGCAGGUUUGAAUUUGAGUGAGGGGAUUGGGAUGGAGCCAUGGUGUAGGAAUCAAAGAAAUGGAGAGGGUUUCAAUUUGAAUGAGAGGAUUGGGACGGAGCCCUGGGGCAUGAGUCAAAGAAAUGGGAAGGGUUUGAAUUUGAGCGAGGGAAUUGGGAUGGAGUCAUGGAGUAUGAAUCAAAGAAAUGGGGAGGGUUUGAAUUUGAGUGUGGGUAUCGGGAUGGAGUCAUGUAGUAUGGAUCAAACAAAUGGAGAGUGUUUGAAUUUGAGUGAGGGGAUUGGUAUAGAGUCAUGGAUCAUGAAUCAAAGAAAUGGGGAGGGUUUGAAUUUGAGUGAGGGGAUUGGGAUAGAGCUUUGGAGUAUGAAUCAAAGAAAUGGGGAGGGUUUGAAUUUGAGCAAGGGGAUUGGGAUGAAGAGGGUUCAUGAGGGAGUGGAAAAUGACUCCGUGGUUAAAAAAGUUAGGUUUUAUGAUGAAAUAUUUGGUUCUCACAAAUAUACUGAUGAGAAUGUUGCUUUAGAAAAGGUUAAGGAUGAGCAUCUAAAGAGUAAAAGUCAAGUCAUGGUUUUUGAAAAACUUGAUGAAAGUAUUGUGCAUGCAGGUGAAAUGGACAUUUUGAAAGGGGGAGGGAUCAAGAAUGGGGCAGUGGGUGCCGGAGAAUUCAUUGUUGGGUGUCAAGAAGCUGGACUUUUAAGGGUACCAGAAGAAUGUCACAAUGCUAUUCAAAUGUCAAAAUGGAACUUAGGGAAUGCUAAUGGGGGCAGUGAACUGGGUUUUGAUUUUAAUAUUCCAGUUGUGGAAGCGGCUGAUGGAAGUACUUUAGUUGGUGUGAUGAAUUAUACUCAGAGGGCUGUUGAAUUAAAUGAAAUUAGGUCUGGUGUGAGUAAUCGCUGGGAAGAAAGAGUAAACAAGGGAAAGAUGGAGCAAAUUGAGGAAAAAAUACCUUAUGUCGCCCGAAAUUGCAAUCUUGAGUUGGGAUUGAUGAACAAAGACCAGGAUAUUGGUGGAAGUAGUUCAUUGGGCGGUGAGAAGAGCUACACCAGAGAAGAAAAGGGAAAGGCUAAGGUUGACAACUCUUGGUUAGCACUAACAACCUUGCCAAUGGAGUUGGACUUGCAACACAGCAAGCAGCAGCACGAGGCUAUUUCACCAGUGCCACAGCUAGAAUCCAUCCAGCGUACACAAACUGAACUUAGAAGAAAUUUGAAUGCUGAACAUGCAUCAAGACAGAAAAAUGCAUUAAGGGAAAGAGCUAUUCACUUUGCACGCUAUGAUGCUACCCGUGAAGGCUCUUCUAGUCAGGAAACAAAAUUCCCAACUUUGGAAACUAUUAAAGAUCUAGGGAACACCCCCGAUCUCGCUUCUACUGCAUUGAAGGGGAUUAGGGAGAAUAUACCUAAACAAAAGGAUGAGAAAUUGGUUAGAUGGGAAGCAUCUCAACAUCCUGAAAAUAAAGAGUUUCCUUGUGUGUUUCCUUCACUGCUAGAUCUUUCCUUGAAAGCCCUUGCAGAAAAUGCUGAAGCAAUAGUUUCUCUCAAAGGUAUCCCUGAUAUCUUGAGGGGAAGAUUGACCGAAAUACUCUGCUAUUAUAGGAAAAUGAGUACUCAUAUGUUGGACCUUCUUCUUCAAGGAUCACCAACUCAAAUUCGCAUAAACGACUGUUCAUGGUUAACAGAAGAACAGUUUUGCAACUCAUUUAGAGACUUUGAUAGAAGAAACUUGAUGGUGCUUCAACUAGAUCUAUGCGGACAACCCACACUUGAUCAUGUGUUGGGUACAACCAUUGCUACGGCUUCAAAUAGCUUACCUAAUUUAGCCAUCUUGUCACUGAGGGGUGCUUGUCGGAUGUCUGAUAGAGCUCUGGAAAUACUUGUUACAUCAGCGCCUUCUCUACAAUCCAUUGAUUUGAGUCAGUGCUCCCUUUUGACCCACUCUAGUAUUGGUAUCGCAGCCAACUCAUUGGGAUCAAUUCUCAAGGAACUCUGUAUAGAUGAUUGCCAGAGCAUAGAUGCAAUGCAUAUAUUACCUUCACUGGAGAAGAUGGAGCAUUUGGAACUGUUGUCGGUAGCUGGAAUUCAAAGCGUAUGUGAUCAGUUUAUAAGCGAGCUACUUACAGCACGUGGUCAAAAUAUAAAAGAGCUUGAUAUUUCCCGCUGCCCGAAUCUGACUGAUCAAUCCCUGAAGUUUAUCGGAGAAGCAUGUGCUUACUUGCAUUCGUUAAAUAUUUCAAAGUUGAGUGAAUUGACAGAUGUUGGACUGCAGUGUCUCGCGAAUGGUUGUCGAUCAAUUCGGAAACUCACAUUUUGCCGUAAUAAUUUCAGUGAUGAAGGGAUUGCUGCAUUUUUGGAAGCUUCUGGAGCAUGUUUGGAGGAACUUUCACUGAAUACUUGCUCUAAGGUUAGCACUAGCACUGCCUUGUCACUAGCCAAACUUUCAAGAAAGUUACUGCAUUUGGACCUAUCAUGGUGUCGCAGAAUAAGUGACAGCGAGCUAGGGCUGAUUGUAGACAGCUGCGUGUCGCUCAAGCUACUCAAACUCUUUGGCUGUUCACAGAUAACAGAUGCAUUCAAAAAUGGCCACUCAAACACUGUAGUGGAGAUCAUUGGAUUGGGUAUGACCCAGAUAAUUGAUAUUGGCAGGUUUGAUGGCGUGGAAGUUCUAUUGAAACAUUCACCAGUAGUGAAGUCUUCUAAUUCAUGAAGGACACUUGACAUGAUGAUUUGACGAUGCAACUAAAGAUUCCUCAAUGCACAGCAUUGCACCUAUUGGAACAAAUAGAAAUCGUCUCUUUUUGUUGUAAUCUUUUCUUUGGAGUAGCCUGUUCCUCCUUACUUUACAGGUCAUACAUGAUCACUAGACUACAAAUGGUUGCCAAAAAUCUGGCUAAAUAGGCUUAUAGCAAUACAUCUCUUGUCCUCGAUGUUAUAGCUUGUUUCUUUCUGACAAUAGAUUACAUCGAGUUGAUUACUAUAACAAUUAUCACCAUAUUGCUAAAUUAUUCUUCUA